GAUGAUAGAGCAAACUAUGAUCAUCAAGGACUUACAAAUGACACUGAAGUGCAAGCAAGCGGCGCUGCGGGGGAGAGAGGACUUUCGGAAAGAAGAGCUGCUGGGUCAGUGAGUUGAAAAUACGGAAAAACGCUUCCAGGAGACAUGGAACACCGAGGCUAAGUGCAGGUGCUGCGGAGCCAUUUGCCUGGUUUGAGUCAUGACUUUACCAUGUGCCGCCUCUGAGAGACGCUGCUGAUCCUGGAUCAUGGAGGAUUGCCUUCACACCUCAUCGGAGAAUCUGUCCAAAUUGGUCAGCUGGGCCCACAGCCACGGCACCAUUUGCAGCCUCAUUCCAAAUCUGAAACACCUGCUUUCUGAAGGUUCCCAUGGGAACCUGACGGCAAUGUGGGGCUGCAGUGCGGGCCACGCUUACCACUGGCCACUGACGGCUACUUGCAGAGCUGGGUCCCAGGAGAGGGUCUGUUUCCAGGAUAACCGAAGUUUUAACUCGGAUAGUCCCAGUAUCAUUGGGGUGCCCUCGGAGACACAGACCAGCCCCGUGGAAAGGUACCCGGGGAGGCCCGGGAAAGCGAAGCUGGACUGCAACAGGACCAGAGACUCAUGUGACUUCUCUUACUGCAGCGAGCCCUCUGAACUGGAUGACGCCGUUGAGGAGGAUGAGGAUGACAACACCCUGUUUGACAUGGUGUGUGAGUCUUCCGUGACGGAUGAAGACAGUGACUUCGAACCCCAAACUCAAAGGCCCCCAAGCAUCGCUCGGAAAAGGCCUGGUGUGACCCCGUCUUCCCUCCAUUCCGGUUCCCAGGCUCGGCUGCUUGAUGACAGCAGCAGCGAUGUCAUCAUCAAGAAAAUCAAACAGGAGAUUCCCGAAGAUUAUUACAUUGUGGCUAACGCAGAGCUGACGGGAGGCGUGGAUGGGCCCGCCCUCUCUCUGACCCAGAUGGCCAAGCCCAAGACUCAGACUCACGCUGGCCCCUCCUGUGGAGGGCCUGCGAAGCUGAUGCCCCACGUCACGGCAGCCAUCAGCACAGAGGCGGACCCACAUGGAGUGUCUGCUUCUCCCUCGGUCAGCUCCAGACCAAUGGCCCAGAAGACUGCCAGGGUCUCUCUGGCUUCACCAAGCAGAGCACCCUCUGGUUCCCACGGCAGCAACCAGCAGGUGGCAAUGCAGAUGCCCGGGAGCACAUCCCAUCCUAACACACAGAUCAGCAUCCCUUUGUCGGCCCUGCAGCUGCCUGGGCAGGAUGGGCAAGUGGCUUCGGAGGAGUUCCUGCCUCAUCUGGCCAGCCAGGUGUCCUCCUGUGACGUCGACCUCUCUCCCUCCGUUCACACCGAGCCGGAAGUGAGCUCCAGCCAGCAGCAGCCCCCGGUCUCUGCAGCCGUCACCACCGAGGCCACGGCGCAGUGCAUACCAGACCAGGAUGAAAGAGCCGCUGAGCUCAGCAGGGAGCAGAACGAGAAGACCAUCCGGAGCACGCAGACUGCGCUCCGCAACUUCCCUUAUUCUACUAAGCUCAACAAAUUUCCCGUAUUUAAUAUUAAUGAUGACUUGAAUGAUCUGUGUACCAGUGCAGUGAGCCCAAAUACUACCAAAGCCACGCGGUACGCCCUGAAUGUGUGGCGCUAUUGGUGCAUGACCAACGGGCUCAAAGACCACAUGGACAUCACCAAGAUCCCCGCAGUGAAGUUGAACGAGCUGCUGGAGAACUUCUACGUCACCGUGAAGAAGAGUGAUGGCUCGGACUUCCUGGCCACCUCGCUGCACGCCAUCCGCCGAGGCCUGGACCGCGUCCUGAAGAACGCAGCUGUGGGCUUCUCCAUCACCGGCAGCACCUUCACGUCGUCCACCAAGAAGCUCAAGGAGAAGCUGUGUGUUCUGAGCAAGGCAGGGAUGUCAGGGGCCCGUUCUCGCAACAUCGUCUACUUUGCCCUUUCAGAUGAGGAGGAGAUGUGGCAGGCGGGCUGUCUGGGGGACGGCAGCCCCAUCACUCUGCUAUCCACCGUGGUCAAGUACAACAGCCAGUACCUGAACAUGCGGACGCUGCAGGAGCACGCAGACCUGAUGUAUGGUGACAUCGAGCUGCUCAAAGACCCCCAAAACCAGCCCUACUUCGCCCGGACAGACAGCGUCAAGCGGGAGAGUCGGAGCGGUUCGGCGAGAGUGUGUCAUGGGAAAAUCUACCAUGAGCACUCCCGGGGACCCAAGCAGUGCCCUUACUGCCUCCUCUACAAGUACAUGUACAUCCACCGGCCUCCCACCCAGAUGGACGCCAAGUCCCCCUUCUACCUGACCGCGCGGAAGGAGGCCCCUGACCCGGGCGGCGUGUGGUACGAGGAGCAGCGGAUGGGCCUGCGGUCUCUGCGGGGAAUUGUCCCCAACUUAGCCAAGAAGGUCAAGCUGGAAAACUGCGAGAACUUCACCUUCGUCUCCUUUACUCAGGUCUCCAGGAGGCUGGGCUCCCACAGCUCCUGCCAGUGAGCCCCCUGCCCCCGGCCAGGCCCCUGACCGGCGAGGCUGCCUUUGGCUCUGGGUUGGUUUCCUAAAGGACAGUGAGUGAGUCUGAGUAGUGAGCGUGUCUUCUCCCAUUGUCGGUUGCUGUUGUUCACAUAGAGUCUCACCCUGUAUACGGCGACAGACACCAGCGUGAGGAGACUCAUGGUAUCUAGUGCCUUUUUAGCACAGGUUUUCUCAAAACAAAAACAAAAAACCCCCAACAACAACUAAAAAUGGGGGCCAAGAAAGAAAAACAGGUUCAGCAGUCAUUUGAAGGAAAAAAAAUCCCAGUAGCCCCGUAGCUCUGUGUGGUGACAAAUAUACACUCCUGGUGAAUGACACUCGGCGUGGCGCGCAGCGAGAGCAGACGGCCACCGCUUCCAGGGGGCUGUGCUGGAGGGUGGAGCCCUCGGUUCUGCGAGGAACAGCCUCUGGCAUUGGGGCUCCCGGAGCUGCCUGCUGGCAGGAUGGCUCCGAGCCGGGGAGACAGUGUCAUGGAAGGAGAGUGACGCUCCGUGUCCUCCGUGGCUCUAUGUGAGGCACGUCCGCGGGAGGGGCGUGGGGGAGCCGGCUGUGAUUCAGAUGCGAAAACCUCCCGCAGCAGAAGUGCCUACAUUUCCGUUCUCAACACCACCUGGAAGCCAUUUUCAUUUGACGGUUUCGGUUGGUUUUGUGUGGACGAAUUUUCAAGAACUGUCCGUUGUGUCCGAGCGGCACACAGCACGGGGCCUGGAGGGCCACCCUGGGAAGCGUCAGGCGUAACCAGGGCAGUCUGGCAGAACCAGCUGCGAAGACUUCAGCUCCCAGCGUGUUUAUGAAAGAGCUUUGAAAUAUUUUUGUCCAAGUACGACUUUUUUUUUGGG